AUGAAAAAACGGACUCAUAUCGUGGUAAUUAUCACCCCGAAACUCUGUUACUCUUCUCCCCGAAAGGAAUCUGAGCGACUGUUUUCCGAAGCGAAAUACCUCGUCUCGGCCAAUCCGACGAAAGUAACCACAACCGCGACAAUUGUACAUCCGCCACAUACCGAGAUGGCUGAACUGUCCGAUAGUCGUUUUCAAUCGAGAUUCAGCAAUUUGCCGCUCUAUCAAGGUUAUGGAUUGAUCGGACAGCAGCUCUCGCUGCACAAAAAAGAACCGGAAACAUCUGUACACGGAGAGCCCGAAUGUACCAGUUCGGAUACGGUACCACAGCUAAGCACACUGACUGAGUCGGCUGCGGAUACCGCAAUGUUGGACUGGUCUACAAUGCUGAUGAAUUUGACCAGUACCGGUGCGCCAUCUGUACCGGGCAGUGUGGCAACCAGCCCCGGACACGGGAGNAGUGAGAUGAGCACAGCGACCACGGAUUUGCUUAGCUUGCUCGAUGCGACCACCGAUCGUCUGUUGCACGAGGCCACAAUGCAGUGGUGCACGCUGGGCUACACACCACUGGAUUUGCCAUCCAGUACCACACCGGAUAUAAACCGUGGCAUCUCAUGGACAGGAUCCCUACCGGAAGAAAAAAAUUUUGAACCGGCUUUGGAAGUGGAGACUCAGGAGCAUAGAAAAUCCAUCACCAGCCACAAUAGCGUUGAAUCCCUACUCCCCGAGGUCACUCAACGCACAGACAUAACAAAGGAAGACUUGCAUCGUUCCUCGUUACGUCGUGAGCCGCCGGCCGUACCGGAGAGACUUAUUGCCGAUGAUACCGUGCACAAACCGCAGACCGAGGAUCAGAUUGUAUCCGAUAAACUCCCGCCCAGAUUGAGUGGAUUAGGGGUGACCAAACCGGGCGCAUUUCGUGUGGCCUGGUCAGAAAUGCCCGAAGUUCUCAGCAGUGGUGCACUGAAACGUUUGACAAAGCACGAAAUUCAGUUGCAAGAAGUGAGUGCAAUUUGGCAGUAUCUGUUUCCCCUAUUCGAGAUUUGCAUGCUAUUCUCCGCGAACCGAUGCGAAACGGAACAUGUUGCUGUUCUAUUUUGA